GAGGAACCUUACUUGGUGGAUGGUGGAUAAUGGAAGUCCUUCAAAAUUCAUGCAGGUAUGGUCCAAGUGUGUUCUGCUUCAUAUCUCUUUCAAGUUGGAAAGUGAGUCACAGAAGCUAUAUAGGUUGAAGAAAAAAAUGGAGAGGCAGCUUCACCACACUUCUGAUGGUUCGGCAAUCAUAACAAACACACCACCACAACCCCAAGAUGGCAAAACAAUGGUCAUGGCACAAAUCCACCCCUGCUGGUUUAUGGGUUGAUAAAGAAGUGCUGUUGUGACUUUUUGCUGAAGAUAUAGGCAUGAUCUUGCUAGUGUGAUGGCUAUCAUUAUUGCUUGGUUGGUUGAAGCCUUUUUGUUGAUACUAAUGGGAUGGAUAGAUUUUGGAAGGAUUGCUUUGGUUGAAGCCUUUUUGUUAAUAUUUUGGUGUAAGAUUUGAACUCCACUUUUGGGAUACAUGGAUGUUUUGGAAAGCUUUUUUGUUGAUAUUUGGUGACAAGGUUUGUACUAGAUAGAAAUGUUGGAAGGACAUUUAGUAUAUUGAAUUUCUUUUGUAA